AUGGCUCUUGAUUUUCUCUCCAGCGACAUCGUGUUUCCUUCAGACUCCAGUGAACCCAAGUUAGCCACUGGUGCCGUUACCAAGCUUCCUGAACCUGUUGAUUGGGCUUUCCAUGACUACUAUAGCACAGCUUGUGAGAAGAAUACGAUGCCCGUACAUAGUUUGGCAGACUAUGCACCUCUUGAUCCCGUAAAAGACAACGACCAUGAUCUACACACAACCCCUUCUACGCUUGCUGCAAGCAAAAGCAACCAAGUUGGUGUCCCUGGCAACGAAGGAGGUGCUACUAGUGCUACUAGCGCAGUUGUUCCGGUGCCACCUUCCGACGAGGAUCAUCAAAAAUACAUGCGUGCCAUCCUUUGCGGUGCUCUUGAAACCGUCAACAAUGCCAUGCAAGAUAAUCACUUGACUCGCCUUGACAAACACACCAGCACAGCAUCAGCCAACGUAAACAGCAGCAACAACAACAAUACAGCAACCCUUUUGGAUAAGGGUUGGAGGUGGGAGGAUGAUGUGCUUUUUGGCACACUCGCACCAUCACCAUUGCCUGAAUCAUUCUUGCCACCACCAUCACCACUUACACCUGUCAGCGAGAACAUGCAAUAUCAACCUCAUCAUUUGGAUAUCCCAUCAAUACCAUCACCCGAUUAUCGUACGAUCGAUGACGAUGAGCUUGUUCUUGACAAUACUUCAGGCCUUACAUCGCUCAUCACUUCACCCAUCGAUUUCAACAUGUUACCCCCACCCGAAUCACCCAAUUCAUCAUUUUAUCCAUCAUUACCAGCAUCACCUAUUGUGCCUGAAAUACCAAGUUCACCUAUUUCACCAAUGGCACCAGCAACGCCUGUACCUACAUCAGCCCCUGCUGCCACUAUUACAAACCCAUCAACACCCAUUUCUCAGCCAAUGCGGGAAGGCAAACCAAGCAUUGCCAAAUCCAAAGGCUGGCAAAAUCUUGUUGGCCGCCUCAAGAAGAACCUUGCUACAUCAUCAUUGGCGCCAAAUAAGAAGCAAAAGACGCCAUCCACCUCGGAAUCAAAUACAAGCAAAAAAGACGAUCGUACCAGCCGGAUUCUCAAGCGUCUCUGGUUUGUCAAGAAAGCCCAAUGA